AUGCUAGCGACAGGUGGUUUAUUAUGCCCAGUUAAGGCAAUUAAAGAUAUGCUAUGUUCAAGGAAGGAGCAAUACGAGAGUUUAUCAGCAUUGCCUCUAGCGUCUUACAUGCAUCAUGGGGCGCUAAAAACUAUGACACAAAAACAAUUUAGUGAGAUGCUGAAAGGCACUUUAGACAGUGCAGGAUUUAAUGCUGCAGAUUAUUCUGGACAUUCGUUUAGGAGAGGAGGGGCCUGUACAGCGUUUAUAGCAGGAGCGUCCCCACUGCUCAUUAAAUCACAAGGUGAUUGGCGCUCGAACGCCUGGGAGCGUUAUAUUGAUAUACCCAUGGAAAGUAGGUGGACAAUGGCUAGUUUACUUACGCAGGAGGCUGGAAAAGAGUGACAUUUGUUAGUAACAGUUUGUAGUUACAUUAUGGGUUUGGGGGUUUGGUACAAUUGGUUGCCAUAGCAACCCCAAUAAACUAUGUUUAUUGUACCCCAACCCAUUUAGUUUGUUCAUGACAUAGGAUCUAAGUAGCAGAUAAUAAACCUGUUAUAUGCUUUUAGAGACUUUUA